GGUUCGUCAUAAGUGUGUUUAGUCAGCGAAUGCCAGGUGUGUAUAUAUGCGCUUCUUAGUUCAUUUACGUCUACCGUUAACGUACUUUGUGAUGAGUUUGUGCAUAAUUUCCAUGUAAAAACACGCUUAAGUAACUGUAAUUGCAAUGAUUUCAGUUUAAAUGUAAUCAUUAUUUUAUCAAAUAGUGCCGUCAUUUGGCGGAAGAUCAACAUUGUUGGUUAAAAGUCCAAGGAACAAACAGCAAGUGAGAGAGAGGGAAAGAGAGUGUUGGGCCAAGAUACAAAUCAACGAGCUCUCAUUAAAGAGACUCAACGUUUCAGCAAGUCUAAGAUCUCUCUACUUCAUCUACAUCUUUACGUUUCACUGAGCAUCAUAUUUUUUUAAUCAUAAGUUUAUUUCAUUAAAAGUAAUAGAAAAAGAUUUACAUCAACAUGCCUUACUUGAGAAAGAAGCCUUUCCAACGACUUUAUGUAUCCUCGGACUAUAAGGAUGACGAUGAAGUCUUUCAUUGUGAAGUGACAAAUGAGGUUUUCAAAGAUUAUAAUGAAUACUGUGAAAGGAUCAUUCUUUGUAAUUCUACUAUUUGGUCAUGCAGUAUCACAGGGAAAACAAACAUGACAUACGAAGAAGCUGUAGCUUGUGAAGAAAAUGCUAAGAAAAUUCUUAAAGAGUUUCCGAUGGAGUUAAGAACUCCUAUAUUGUACCUGGCAACAAAAACAAAAAGAACAUCUUUUAGUGAAAUGAUUGAGGAUAUUUAUCAAUUCGCUAGGGAUCGAUAUUUUGUUGGGGAAAUGGUGGAAGCAUGCUUUGCUGAUGAUUCGUGGUGUGAUUGUCAUAUUCUUCAGGUCAUUGAACCAACAGAUGAGCAAAUUAAAGCUUACGAAAAAGAUAGUAUUACUAGUUCCCCUCAAGAAAGACUAUUUCAUCCACCUGCUAAAUUAUUUCGAUAUGAAGUUGAGCAACUGGAUUCUAAUAGUCAUGAAAUGAGUGAAAUAAUGAUAGUUGAAGCGUCACAAAUAAGAAGGAAGAAGAGUCUAUACAGUAGAGAACGAAAUAAAAUAUUUUUAAGAAUGCUUUGUGAACAAAAUAGCCAAGGUGUUUGGGUAGUAAAAAAUGAGGUUCAACAAAAAUAUGGUAUUGCUAAAGUCCGUUUUGAUACAAUUUUUGCUGGACCUUUUCCAGAUUUUACAUCUGUUUCUUUUAAAAAACCUAUAGUUAAACAGAAACAAGUAACUAUCGAUAAAUUCCUCACCUCUGAUGUAAGUAAGCAUAGAGCGUUCGAAAAACCAGAAAAUUCCGAUUCAUCAAGUAAAGGUGAAAUUCAUUUUAAAAAACAUAAAAGAUCGCGAUUAAACGGUAAAAUUAAAGAAGAGAAAGAGGCUAAAUUAAGAGAAGAAAAAGAAAAACGCCAAGAAAAACUCUUAGAAAUACGUGAAAAGAAAAAGGAAGAGAAACAAAAAUUGGCUGCACUUGCUGCUUACGUUAGAGAAUGGAAUAAACCACGAGAAGAUCUAGAAUGUGAAGAUCUUCGACCAAUUAUAGAAGCAACACCUGUCAAGUGUGCAAUUCCCAAUGAUAAAUUUGGCGAUUUUGUCAUGAUUCUUGAAUUUUUACAAUUUUUUUCUAAGGAGUUAGAAGUAUCGUCAUACUUUCCUCACGGUCUUUCGAUUGAUAUACUUGAAAAAGCAAUGUUGAUAAAAGAAGCUUCUGGACCUUGGAGUGAUUUACUACAACUUUUAUUAGUAAAUAUUUUCAAAUUUCAAGCUGAAGAAGAAGACGAAAUAGCGUCGAAUUCGCUCGAUUAUAGUGUAGAUUUUGAUCAUGCGGUUUCAUCAAUGGCUGAAGCAGUAAAGCUAGCUACUAGCGCUUCUAGUUGGUGUCAAAAACAUUAUGGAAAUCAGCUGUCAGAGCUUACAUUAGAUCAUGUAACACUUAGUGAAAUUUUACGACAACAUCUGUUAAGUUCGGGUGGAAGAAUAAGUGAAGUAGCAUCCAAAUGGAGAUACUCUCAAAGAGGUGGAUAUACAAAUCAUGAUGAUCCUGCACUUUUGUUAAGAAUAAAUCAACCCAGAAUUCUGAGGUUACUUGGACACCGAAGUGUUUGUGAAUUUGAUCUUGAAGAUCGCCUUUGCUUGGCAACAUGCUUGAUUAAUCAAUUAUUAACAUUUGCAUCAAUACGAGAUGUCAUUGAUGUACGUUAUGAAAAAAUUCAUCAAGCUCGUCGUGAGUUGAAGUCGUUAAUUCUUUCUGAACAGAAAAAAGAAAGAGAAGAAAAAGAAAAAAUGAAAGAGCGUGAAAAGGAUGGAAAAAUUGAAGGGAAAGAAGUAAAAGAAAAUGUUGAUGAAAAACCGAAAAAAACACGAGGAAGUCGGGAAGAAGAAAAGAAGAAAGAAGAAAUCGAGAAUAAAUUAACAGAGCUUCGAUUAGCAUCUAAAGAUGAUCAAAUGAUGCUUUGUCUAGGAUCUGAUCGUGCUCACCGCAGAUAUUGGCGGUUUUUAUCAAUUCCUGGCUUAUUCGUUGAAAAUGAUGAACGAUGGCCAGGUAUGUGCCUUACUGAUGGUACGCCUUACUUGCCUGAAUUACAAGACAAAGAUGCAGCCAAUAUAUACCUCAAAAAUAAAUUUGAAGAUGAAUUUAGUGAUAAGGAAAAUAAUAUUAAUAAAACGAAAAAGUUACCGAAAAAAACGGUUACAUUUGCUGAUAAAAAUGGAAUUAUUAAGUCUCCUACUAAAAAAGAUUCAAAUGAUGAAAGAUGUAAAUUAAUGGCUUGUACAGGAGAUAAAGAGUGCCCCAUUCAUUGUAAAAGAUCUGAAGUUAAAUGGAGUUUUUACGGAAACAAAGAAGAUCUCGAAAAAAUUAUAAAUGGUUUAAGUAAUCGAGGUAUUCGUGAAGGAGAACUUAAGAAUAAUCUUAGUCAAGAACUUGAAAACCUCCAGUCUAUAAUUGAAAAUUGUCCCAAGCAUAAGCUUAAUUCUGAAGUGUUUCCACUUUCUACGAAGGAGGCCUCAAAUAAACCUUCGAAAAAAACUAAGGUAGAAAAUACAAAUCUUAGCUUUCCGUCUACUGUGCCUGUUGAUGAAGCUUUAGAGCUUGCUUUAAGAGAUUUUAUACUUGAAACGGAAGAUAAAAUCAAAAAUGGAUGCCUUGGAUCAUUAAAAGUGAAAGAUCGUGAUGCUUGGAGAAAUGCUAUUACUAAUUGUCAUUAUGACAAGCAGUGUGAUAAACUUAUGUUUACUUACAGUGAAAUUGAGGUUGACGUACCAGUAAAUUCAGCUUUAGAUAAAAUAAAAAAUGAAACAAAAUUGAACAGUAGACCUGGAACACCAGAUUCUGAAGUAGGUAGCGGGAAUGGAAAGGUUUACAGAGAUCCAGGAAAAUAUUUAGGUCCACCAGAAGAAAGUGAAUUACAUCCAGAUUCUCAGCAACAAAUAAGAAUUCGACAAAUGGCUUGUGCAAUUCUUCAAUUAUCACAAGCUGUAGAAUCUAAGUAUAUGAAAAAACCUUUGGGUAAUGAUGAAAAAGACAAAAAACACUCAAGUGAUGAAGUUCGAGAACGAUGGGAACAGUCAUUAAUGAUGUCAACAAGCUGGUCUCAGCUAUUUCUCCAUGUUAAUACUUUAGAAGCAAGUUUGGCAUGGAGCAAAAGUAUUCUUAACGCUCGUUGUAGACUUUGUAGAAAAAGUCGCGAUGCUGAAAAUAUGUUACUUUGUGAUGGAUGUAAUAAAGGUCAUCAUUUAUAUUGUCUUAAACCAAAACUCACAUCUGUACCAGAAGGAGAUUGGUUCUGUAGUCAAUGUAAACCACCUGAAACUAAACCAAAGCCUAAAAGGAGGAGAAGAAAAUUUGAAGAGGAAGAAGACGAAGAAACUGAUGAAAAUGUUAUCAUCCCAGAUACACGUCAGCAUCGUUCGAGAAAAGUUUUGACCAGUGAUGAAGAAGCUGACAGUGAAUCUGGAAAUCGCGAAAGUGGAAAUCGAGAGAUAAAAGACGAAAAACCAAAGCGAAAACAAACUUGUGUGACAUGCAGUGGUUCAGGAAGUUUAAUAACCUGUAGUACGUGCGACAGAUGCUUCCAUUUUGAGUGUGUUGAUCCACCAUUAUCUAGAACACCGCGAGGAAAAUGGUUGUGUCAUGCUUGCAAAAGUGUCCGUAGGAAUGGAGUCAAACAUGUGCGAGAUCGUGACGGGGAGAGAGACAAGCGAUUGUGCGCAACAGCUGCUCGGUCCCGCAUCCACGAUUUCGUCAAGAGUCUUCUUCGUAAAGAAUCUUCUGAUUGUGAUGGUGAAAGCAGUAUAUCAGAAGAAACAGAAACUCGGCAAACUCGACGGGCAACGAAACGAGCUGCCGCUGAUCAAGAUAAAACUCUUCUCUUGUUUUUGAAUGAACUUAUGCAUCACAAAGAUUCCUGGCCAUUUCUAUCUCCUGUCACAACUGAAGAAGUGCCUGACUACUAUGAUUUCAUUAAAAAUCCUAUGGACUUUGGAACAAUACAAGACAAGUUUAAUAAAGGAAUUUAUGACGAUAAUAUUCCUCAAUUUUUGGCUGAUGUACUCCUUAUAUUUGAAAAUUGUAACAUUUACAACGAGCAACACAGCGCCGUUUACAAGGCUGGAAUGAAAUUAUCCAAGUUUUUUGAAAAAAGAAGCAAAGAGCUGGGUUUCAACUGUAAUGAAGAAGCUUCUCAAGCGCCAGCGAAUAAAAAACGAAAGGUGGAGGAUAAAAAUUCACCCAAAAAAAUAGCUGAAGAAGCAGCAAAAGUUUCCCUGAAAGAGGAAAAGAUAGAAAUUAAGGAAGAACAGAUGGAAAUUAAUGGAAAUAGUUAAAAAAAACUCUACAGACUGUGUAGUCCAUAGAAAAUUAAAAUAUUUUUGAAUUAAAGAUAAAUAAUGUACCUUAUUUUGUUGUAAAAGAUUUUAAGUGUGUUCAUCGAAAUGUAAAAGAAUCUCAGUUAUUUUUCAACUGAAACUGAGAUUUGGUUAAGAACUUUUUUAAAUGAGUUGAGGUCUUGUCUUAGCGUAAAAGAAAAUUAAAAAAGACAAAAUGAAAAAUACUCAUGUAUGUAGCAAAGACGAGCUUUUCUUAUCAGUGUAUACAGUAUUAUUCAUCUCACACUGAAUGCAUCAUUAUUUAUGCUCAAAUAUAAAUGAUGAAGUGUGUUGAAGUAAGAGUAAUAAAAAAGUUCAAAAAAGAAUUACAAAGAUAAAUUAAAGCCAGUACAAGCAAUUAUUCCAAGUGUUGGUUAAUAAUAAUGAAUUCAUAUUUUUUAAUCAUAGCGAUUUUAAUAAUUUAAAAUUAUUUUAGCGAGAUAAAAAAAAGUGUUUUUCAAUUAUUUAUUUGCUGUCUAUUUUUUGUCCAUGUAGAUUAUAUGCUGAAUAACUUGAUUAUUAAUAAUUUUUAUUAUUCUUUUUUCAUUAAUUAUCACUACAAACAUAAUAAAUAAGUUUAUUAUAAUACGUCAAAAUUUUAAUUACAAGUACUUAUUAUUUAUCUCAUCUCAGCUCCAGACUUCAAAUUUAGAUCUAGUAUCUCUAGAAAGAUUUUUUGAUAAAUUUUAGGCUGGACCUAUCGUGGAUAAAAUAUGGAAUUUGUCAAUCGAAUUGUACAGAUUGUCUGUAACAAUUCUGUGUAAGUGUAUGUUUUAUAAAAUUUAUUUGCUAAUAAAAGCAAUUCGUGCAACAA